ACCACAUUUCUUUAAUGAACUCUGAUUGCUUCUUCAAGUCACGGACAUGAUGCUGCCUCCCAUGGCCCUGCCCAGAAUGUCCUGGAUGCUGCUCUCCUGCCUGAUGCUCCUAUCUCAGGUUCAAGGUGAAGAUACCAAGGAGGAGUCUCUUCCAAAGAUCAGCUGUCCCAAAGGCUCUUAUGUCUUUCGCUCCCACUGCUAUGCCUUGUUUAGGACAGCAAAAACCUGGCAAGAUGCAAAUUUGGCCUGCCAGAAGCGAUCUGACGGAUUUCUUGCGUCUGUGCUCAGUGGAGCUGAGUCAUCCUUCUUGGCCUCUCUGGUCAAGAAAAACUUGAACAACUGCAAUUACAUCUGGAUUGGGCUCCAUGAUCCUUCAGAGGGCCUGGAGACCAAUGCAGGUGGAUGGGAGUGGAGUAAUAACGAUGUGCUGGAUUACACUGCCUGGGAGAAAGACCCCGCCAGCAUCUCAAACCCUGACUAUUGCGGGAGCUUGUCAGGAAGUUCAGGAUAUCUGUCAUGGAAAGAUUAUGACUGUAAAAAGGAGUUACCCUAUAUCUGCAAGUUCAAGGGUUAGGUCAGGUGAAAACCAAUGACCUGAGUUUCAUAAAUAGCUCAUCAUGGAUAUGGGACCAAGUGAGAAGAUUCACCCAGGAAGAUAAUAUUCUUCCCAUACUUCAAACCUGACCACCUCAUUCUGACCUUCCAUCCUCCCCACCCUCUUUUCAGGCUCUGCUCAGAAUUAUGUAACAUGAAUUUUGAAAGAGCAAUAAUAAAAAUUUAGU